GACCCUUCCUCCCUUUCUCUCUUGUUCCUUCCCCGCAGGCCGCAGCGGCAACCCAACCCCAUCACCAGAGAGAUCACCAGAGGACGUCGUGGAUCCUUCUCUAUUCUACUGCAGCAGCAGGAUUAGGCCACGAGUUUUCAGUCAUGCAAAGGAGGUGGGGGAAUAAAGUGAAAAAUCUAGUUGCGAGAUUGUUGACGUGUCUCCUCCGGGCACGUGAGCUCUCAGCCACUUUGGCUGUUUGAUGUGGAUGUGAUGCUCGUGAGAGACUUAAUUGGUUCCCUCUGUUGGUUGGCAUUUAUUUGACUAAAUCACCGCACCUUGUUUGCCUCUUCAGUUUCUUUUCUUUUUACCUUUUCCCAUUUCAUUUGCACUGCUGAUCUUGCUUAUGUGUUGAAGUGGAUUCUGCAAGAGGUGCCACCUUGUAUUCCCUGGAUAUGGGGUGCUUCAAUUCUAAGCCAAAUGAUGCUGGUGCGAUCAGAAGAAGACCUGGGAACAUAGGUGAGGUGGCUGUGUUUAUACCCGGAUUGCGAGUUCCUGAGAGCUUGGAGCUAUCUCAGCCGCUAAGCGAUGGCCUCCCGAGGAGGCUGGCCGAACGUUUGGCUGCGUUGAGGAGCCGAAUAGUGGUCAUGGCUGCUCAUGAGGCAUUGUCAGUGACCAGGCCCAGGAAACGCACCUUCACACAGCAUGGAGGAUCUACAUCAGCUGAUCUUCUGCAAGCUUUGGAAGAGUACUUGCCAGUUCUUCUAGGACUGGUGAAAGAGGGGAGCAACUUGGAAGAUAAGAUACAGUUUUCUUGGAUGAACCAAGAGGAUGAUGCCGAGGAGACGGCAUUGCCCAGUUCUUGGUAUGAGGUGUUGUCGGUUUUGCACAUGAUGGCUAUGCUGCGUUUAUCUCAAGCAAAUUCCCUGCUUCUUCCAAAGACAUCGCUUGAGGGAUACCAUGCUAAAGUAUCUGAAGAUAACAAACGAGCUUCCGUUGAAAUAUUUCUCAAGGCAUCUGGGUUCUUGGAGUGUGCUAUCCAACAUGUUCUUCCUAGGAUGUCCCCAGAAAAUAGGAAAGGUCUCCCUGUGGACUUAUCUGAAGGAGUCCUGAAAGCGAUCUGCAUGCAAGCUCUUGGUCAAGCAAUUGAUGUCCAACUUGGGUUGGCAAUUGACAGUCCAAAGGCUACCCUGGCAGUGAAAAGGAGGUUAGCAUGUGAGAUGGUCAAGUGCUGGCAGCAGGCACACGAAAGUAUGGCGGAUUUACCUCUAAUUGAUAGCUGGGGUGAGAAGCACAGGCUAUUUGUGAAUUGGAAGUACAUCGAAGCAAAAGCUGCGGCGUACUAUUAUCAUGGUCUCAUCCUUGACGAAGGCAACACGGAGAAAUCCCGCAGGAUGGCCGUCGCUGCAUUGCAAUCUGCAGAGGAGUUGCUCAAGGAGAGCAAAGAUGUAGCCGAAGCCUUCCAUGCAGCACCUCCUGUCUCGAGAAGCCCUCCUGUUUGUGGAUCGAUGAAGUAUCUUCAUGACAAGAUCCAGAAGGACUCGUCCUGCAAAGUUCGCAUCAACAAGGACCUCUACAGCAACGACAGCAUCCAUGAGGCGGUGCCGGCGCUGCCGGACUUCGCGGUGGCUCUGAAACCCGAGGAGUAUCGGCUUCCUGCUGUUACAGUGGACGCAGCAAAUGGCUAGAACAGCUCUGCUCUGUCAGUCUAUCCAUGAACCUACCGACGAUCUGCACAACGAUGAUCUAUCGCCAUGUAAAGAGAUCGAUUUGAGUUGUGUAUGUAAAGGGAUCCAAGCACCCAAGGGGAGGAAUAACCAAUGCAAGCAAUACAGUGAUAACACCCGUAUUCAUUCACUGUUUCUUGA